CUUCAAGAUCCUCAAACCGAUGGCGACUUCGUUCAGCUCGCGCUUCCGUCGCGGCGGCGGCGCUGCUACAGCUAAAGGCGGCGGUGAUGAGCGUGUGGAUGAGAUGCUGAGCGACAGCUCGGACGACGGGUCCCCUCUGGGCGGCGAUGUGCGGCGCAACGCAGCGAAGAAGCCGACGCCCAGUCGCUCGAACGACAGCUCGCUGCGAUCUUCGAGCGCAUCAGAAGGAGGCGGUGCUGUGGCUCCGCGCAGUGGAGGAACUAACGCUGGGAGUGCGAAGAGUGAACACAGCGAUGCAGAGAAGAACGAAGUGGCUGCGGAGAGUAAGAAGGAGGAGGAGUCACCGAAGAAACUCGAGAAGCCUAAAAAGAAGAUGUUUGGAUCAUUAGCCAGGAGCCAGACCAGUCGUACUGCGACGUCGAUGAAAAAAUCUGCAGGGAGGAAAUGGUACAGUGACUCGGAUGAAGAGGAGGAGGAGCAGCAGACAACCAAGAAAAAGCCGUUGAAAAUAGAGAAUUCUAUGAAGAGCGACGAGGAUUCAGAUCUGGAAGCAUAUAUUGAGGGAUCUCUUGUGGAUCCACCUGGAACGACAAGCAAAGAAUCUGCACAAACACCGGUGAAUCAAGAACGGUCUAAAUCUAAGCGACUGAACAAAGAGAGAGAAAGCAAUCGUGGAAACGAGUCUGACGAUAGUGGGAAAGAUACUGAACCUCCAGCUGCAGUUGACGCCGCGAAGAAGAAGACGAACAUGCUGAAACUAAUGACGAAAACAAGAACGCUGUCGCCUUUUGGUAGCAAAAGAAAAGGUCUUGGAGCUGGAGUUUCAGAGUCACCCGCUGCUAGUAGUCCAGCGGCUGGGACCGCUAAAAGAGGCACACCUUCAAGCUCUGAGCGCUCAACUUCAGAAGCACCACCUGCCAACAAUACUGCCGCAGGGCGACCCACAGAGGUGCAGACGGGAGCUGGAAAUGCCCCUGCCAUCAUUAUAAACCGCCGCACAGACCGACUGAAGCACUCUGCCUCUGCCAGCGGCUCUGAGUACAGCGGGUCCCCCAGACUUGCUGUUAGCAACAAUGAUGAAGUCUUGAGUCCUGGUCUACGCAAAGUACCCGGUGCAUUUCCUGGUAGACCAGGUAGUGGAGUACUGCUAGAGGGAUGGUUACGCCAGAAACAGCGUCGCGGAAUAAAAGGUCUCAAGAAAUGGAACUCGCGCUACUUCGUGCUUUACGCCCGGUCGAACGAGGUGCGGUACUACGCGGACGUGGUUCAGUCUGCUUGGGGUCCCAUUCCGUUGGGCGAGAUUGGGUCCAUUUCGUUGCGGCUUAUCCAGCGCAUCGGCAAGCUCAGCCACCCAAAGUACAAGGGUUGUCGCUUUGACAUCACGUGCCGCAAUAGCUGGGGAACUCACUAUGCGGAUGACUACGUCUCCUCCGACGAAGAGAACGCGAACAGUACUAACAACACGAACUCAAAUAAUGAGAAAACGACGACUUCUAAUCCAGCGAAACAAGAAAAGAGCGGUACUCCAAAGUCUUCUCGGGUGUAUAGCUUAGUAGCCGACUCACCGCAAGUCACGGUGGCGUGGGUGAAUAUGCUGGACUCGCUGCUAACGCGAAGUGCCAACAGCCCACGGCCAGACGUCGACUCUCCGGCAAAAAGCACCAGAUUGAAGAAGUCUCGAGCUGUUGCACGACAGCAAUCCAGUGGUCUGGACACAGAGUCAUCGGUGCUGCUUGGACCCGGAGAACUUUUACCGAAGGCAGUCAUCUACGCCAUCAAUUUCAUCUUUGACUCGACGCCAGGAAUCGAGACUGAAAAGUUCUACGAAGUCGAAUCAGAUGCCACGAAGCUGAAGGCUGCCCUCAAAUUCCUGAACGAGUUUGCGGGCGAGUCAGUCACCCGCAAACCAACGAAAGACGAGUUGGAAGAAUUGCUGGAUGCCACCACAGCCGGUGCUGUUGUACGACUGUGGCUCAAGCAACUCGAGCAGCCUUUGAUACCUUUCACUAUGUACGACGACUUCGCAGCAAUGGCGCGCGAGGCGCAGUCUGCACCCUUCGACCUGCGUCGGAAUCUUCGCGCACUGCUCGAAGCUCUGCCCAAGAAGAACCUUACCAUGUUGGCUUGCCUGCUUUUCCACCUGAAUGACGUCAACGUGUACUCGUCCAAGAAUGGGAUGGACGCAGCCAGACUCUCUCAUCUCUUCGCUGAUUUCAUCCUGCAUCCUCAGAAGAAAUCACCGCAAGCUAACAACUCCAACAAUGACGUCGCUGCGGUGUGUCAUCUGGUAGAAGAGAUGAUCACCAAUGUGGACACGUUCAUCGACGAGAAGGAAGCCCAACUUCUGGAGGACAACCGACUGUAACAAACACUCAAAGCUCUGUAAAGUCAUUAAAAAAAAACUCGCCUGUCUACACCCUCAGCUCUGCACCUUCAUGUACACGAUGUGUUUACCGGGCACGAGGGUCAUACCCAGCGA